GAUGGUUUAUUAUCGUUUAUACUGGACGCUGUGGAUGUUGUCGUGUUUUGGACCAUAUUUCGGUCAAGAUCAGCAGUUUCCUGAUCCGGCUAAUGGAGCAGUGGGAGAAAGCGUGAAGCUCGCCCCUAAUAACCCACCCCCCUCCACAUCCAUUCUUAUAACUCAAUGGCAUUUUACUUCAACUCUUAUAAUUACAGUAGCAUCUGGUGUAACUACAGUAAACCCCGCAUAUGAAGGCAGAGCCCGUGUGGACAUCAGCACUCUCGCUCUGGAGCUGAAGAAUCUGACACUGGAUGAUUCUGGAACAUACGAACUCAGAGUAACACUUACUGCUGGAGAUCAAUUUACAGAAGAAACUUCACUACAAGUGUUCGCAAAAAUAUCUAAUGUCAGGCUUAUUGGUCCAGAAGAAUUAUUAAUAGAGGGAAACUCAUCUGCUAGCAUCACCUCUGAGGGAACUGGCAACAUCACCUCUGUGCAGUGGAUGAAAGAUAACAGUCCUCUGUCUCCUAGCAACCGCAUCAUCUUCUCACCUGAUAACACAUCAGUGUCCAUCAGUCCAGUGCAGAGAUCAGACAGUGGGGAAUAUCAGUGUACUUAUAGAAACCCUGUCAGCUCUGGGACGGCAAAACUCCCCCUGAUCAUCAACUAUGGACCAGAAGAUGUUUCUAUUAAGGGUCUGGAUGUGGUGGAUUUAGGGGUCUCUGUGUCUCUGUCUUGCUCUGCAAAUUCUGUACCUUCUGCCUCCUUCAGCUGGAAGAUUAAUGGAACAGACACCAGUGUGACCACAGACACUUUCACCAUAGAGAAGACUGACCACACACACAGUGGAGAUUACGAAUGCACUGCCUGGAAUAGUGUCACAAAGAGAAGUGCUUUACAAAGACAUGCUUUACUAGUUAAAGGAGGAGGAGGAGGACUGACAACAGGAGCGAUAGUUGGGAUUGUCAUUGGAGUUUUAGUGGCAGUCGCAGGCAUUUGUGGUCUGAUUGUCUAUUUAAUAAAAAACAAGAAAAUCCCAAAUCUAACGCUUCUCAAAAAUGGACGAGCAAGUGGAGCAGCAGCAGCACAAAGCAGACAAGAGCCUGAAUUGAACUAUGCAGACAUCAGCCAUUUUCAGAAGGCUGGUGGAGGGAGAGUGAUUCUGGGGAAUAGAAGUGAGCCUAGUACAGAGUAUGCAGAAGUAAAACGUGGAGCCAAGUCAAAGGCUCCUCCACCUCCCUAUGGAAGUCAGUUUCAGACUCAUUUGAAAUCCGUGGAAGAAGCAAAGUAUUUUCUAGUUAGGAUUUCCAAAAUGGGACAUCAAUUACUUGCCUUCUACUUCCUCACCUUAAUCUGUAUUCCAGGUCUUUGUGCAGUGACCCUGGUUCCAUCACAAAACCCUGUGGCGGUCGGGAGCAAUGUCACCAUAAGUUUGAAGGACCCCAUCAACAUUAUAGUUGGGAACUGGUUGUUUAGGUCUAGUACAUUGUUCAUAUGGGUAAAUCAAGACAUUUACCCGGGUAGUAGCCACCAAGCUGGAAUAGAUUUAAACAUCACUACAUAUCAGCUCACCUUAUUGUCAGUAACUCUGAAUAGCUCCGGCAUGUAUGUAUUGGAGGCCUUGAGUCCAAACAGGACCAGAGCAGAUAUUACAUUAGAUGUUCAGGAACCUGUCAGUAAUGUUACUGCAGAUGUAAGCAAGACAAACCUGGUGGAGUAUAACGACACCGUGACGUUCACAUGCAACGCCAGAGGCACGCCACUGUGGUUUUCAUGGCAGAACGGCAGCUCUGCAGUCACAGCGGGAGAAAGAGUUCAGCUCAGCAACAAUGGACGAAAUCUCGUCAUCAGUGGUGUGACGCGGUACGACGAAGGUCCCUUCAAGUGUGUUGUGGUAAACAACAUCAGCAAUGGAGAGAGUAUUCAAAUUAAUCUCACUAUAAGCUAUGGGCCUAGUAACCAGAGAAUAACAGCCUCGCCAGACAACAUGGCAUUCACUUCUGGUUCGGCCAUUUCUCUGUCAUGCUCUGUUGAGUCCAAACCAGCAGCUUCUUUCUACUGGACAUACAACGGCAAUCCUCUGAAUGUCUAUAGUUCGAGUUAUAAUCUUAGAGACACUACUGAGAACAUGACUGGACUGUACACCUGCGUUGCCCAAAAUGAAGUCACGCUCAGAUCUGCUGCAGUGACAAAAACUAUUCGUAUAGUUGACCCAAUAUCAGCAGUGGCAGUGAAUCCAUCAGGCUCUUCAAUAGAACACAUGCCUUUUAAUCUAAGCUGUAAUGUUGUGGGGCCAGUGGACUCCAUUCAGUGGAUGAAGAACGGCAUGUACCUGUACGCCGACAAUACGACCACUUUUUUCAAUGGCAACUCAACCUUGAGCUUCAAAAAACUCGCUCUUAGUGAUGACGGACUGUACCAGUGUGCCGCUAGUAAUGCUGUCAGCAACAUUAGCAUCCAGGCCUACCUUACGGUCAACUAUGGCCCAAUCAACACUACAGCCUCUGGUCCAGAUGUAGCCAUGGUGGGAUCCAACGUGACAUUCAGCUGUUCCUCUGUCUCUCGUCCUCAAAGUCAAUACAGCUGGUAUUUCAGUGGCUCAAAAGUAGCAGAUGGCCCAGUGUAUGUAACUGCAGCUCUCAAUAAAAACCAUAGUGGACAGUACACCUGCAUGGCCUUCAAUAACAUCACAGGCAGGAGCAGCAACGCCUCAGUGCAGUUAACUGUAAUAGCUCCUGUCACCAAUGUUAUGGUGAAUAUGGACAAUCAGCAACCAAUCUUCAACCAACCAUUCACACUAACCUGCACUGCCAGUGGAGAUGUUGAGCACAUUCAGUGGAUGAAGAACGGCAUGUUCCUGUAUCCUGAAAAUGGAAUCACUUUCUCCAAUGACAAUUCCACCUUGAGAUUCCAAAAUCUCUCUCUCAAUGAUGAUGGACAUUAUCAGUGUGAAGCAAGUAACGCUGUCAGCAACUCGACCAGCCACGCCUAUGACCUGAUGGUCAACUAUGGUCCAUGGAACCAGACAGUCGAAGGCCCUAUCAUUGCAGCGAUUGGGUCCAAUGUGACCUUUAACUGUACUGCAGUCUCUCGUCCUCAAAGUCAAUACAGCUGGUUCCACAAUAGUUCAAAAGUGGGAGAUGGCCCAGUGUAUGUGACUGCAGCUCUCUCACUAAGUGUCAGCGGACAAUACACCUGCAUGACUGUCAAUAACAUCACAGGCAGCAGCAGCAACGCCUCAGUGCAGUUAACCUUAAAAUAUCCAGUCAGUGAUGUUAUUGUAAAUGCGGGCAAUCAGCAACCAAUCUUCAACCAACCAUUCACACUAACCUGCACUGCCAGUGGAGAUGUUGAGCACAUUCAGUGGAUGAAGAACGGCAUGUUCCUGUAUCCUGAAAAUGGAAUCACUUUCUCCAAUGACAAUUCCACCUUGAGAUUUCAAAAUCUCUCUCUCAUUGAUGAUGGACAUUAUCAGUGUGAAGCAAGUAACGCUGUCAGCAACUCGACCAGCCACUAUGACCUGAUGGUCAACUAUGGUCCAUGGAACCAGACAGUCGAAGGCCCUAUCAUUGCAGCGACUGGGUCCAAUGUGACCUUUAACUGUACUGCAGUCUCUCGUCCUCAAAGUCAAUACAGCUGGUUCCACAAUAGUUCAAAAGUGGGAGAUGGGCCAGUGUAUGUGACUGCAGCUCUCUCACUAAACGACAGUGGACAGUACACCUGCAUGACUGUCAAUAACAUCACAGGCAGCAGCAGCAACGCCUCAGUGCAGUUAACUGUAAUAGAUCCCAUCACUUCAGUGGUAGUGACCCCUGAUCGUCUCAUUCCUCUGGCUUCUCAAAGUCUGCAGCUCACAUGUAAUGUGAUGGGUCCCUACAACAAAAUCUACUGGCUAAGAGACAACCAGAAUUUCCAGCAAUCAGAUGGAGUUACAUUUUCAGGAGAUAAUACCACUGUGACCUUCAAAUAUCUGAAGACCGCUGAUGAUGGGCAAUAUCAGUGCGUCGCCACAAACAAAUUGAAAGAGCAUGCCAGUAAACCAUAUGGUCUUGUGGUCAUCUUUGGACCACAGAGUGUGCAGAUCAUUGUACUUCCAGGGAUUCCCACCAAGUUGACAUGUCAAGCACUGUCUCAGCCACCAGCUGUGUAUCAUUGGAUCGAAAACAACACAGUAGUGGGAAAUCAGUCUACCGUAGAAGUUCCCAUAAAGUAUAUCCUGGGCAGCAAUUACACCUGUGUGGCCAAAAACCCUUUGACCAAUGUGACGGUCUACACCAGCCAAGUCGUCAAUUACCCCAAUGCUGCUGUCAGCGUCCAGGCGAGUGUGUUGCUGACUGCUCUCAUCGCUCUGCUGCUCCCUGUGCUUGAGCUAUGGCUCUAAUACUGAUAUUACUGUCAGGAUGAACAUGGUAUUUCUGAAUGAGGCUUGUAGAUUAGUUGAACUGCUCAAAUUAAUUUUUGAAAGCCAGGCAUAAGCAUUUAUUAACGGAACACUCUUUUGGCAACUAAAAAAGGGGGUUACAUUUUAAUGGAACCAUACUACAUUAUUUGCCUAUAUAUUUAUUUUCUAAAAAUUAUAUAUGUGGUACAUUUAUUACUAUCAUUAAUUGGACAGUAAUUUAAUGAAUCACCCAUUUAAUAUGCUUUACUCUAAAUUAAAGCUGAACCUCACAGAUGCUUCAGACACAACUUCACAAAGUUCAUGUU